UCUACUGCUAGAUUUUCUCACCUCUACAGAGAGAAGUGCACCUUUCAACAGUGUUUCUAGCCGUUCUACAAAGGACGACUUACCCUGUUAAAUACCACCAAGUUUUAAAGUGUUUUCAGUCUCCCAACGCAACUAACUCGUUCAAGUGCUCCUUACCUCGGCAGGUGACUGGACACCAGUAGGCUCGGGGCAAUCUCAAGUGUCGUGCGUGGCGCGUGCUAAUCACUCGCGAGUCACCUGCCACGAUGCUCGGCUGAUUUUCAUACAGUAUCCGAGAGACUGUUCAAAAAGAUGAAUCACCUAAGUACCAUGUAUGCCACUAAACGAAGGAGGCGAAACAGCAAAAGUGUUCGAGUACCACCUAAGGACGGACAGACCAAGUCAAACCCCAGCAAAAGACACAGAGAACGUCUUAAUGCCGAGUUAGAAAACAUAGCAAGUUUACUUCCGUUCGAACAGAACGUGUUGUCUAAACUGGACAAACUGUCAAUACUUCGACUCAGUGUUAGCUACUUACGCACGAAGAGUUACUUCCAAGCUGCAAGCCUCUUGUUGAAAGAACGUCAAGGUCAAGAACCCGGCCACAAACCGAGGGAACUGCUUUAUCAGGAAUCUCUCUUAGAAGGCAACAUGAUUUUACAGGCUCUCAACGGUUUCCUGCUGAUUUUGACGUGCGAAGGAGAAGUUUUUUACGCCUCCCACACCGUAGAAACAUACCUGGGUUUUCAUCAGUCGGAUAUUUGUCACCAAAGUGUCUACGAACUUGUGCACUCCGAAGACCGAGAAGAACUACAGCGCCACCUCAUGUGGAAUUCCCGUUUAUCUGCAGAUCAUAGUGGUCUCUCAUUGCAAGAAAUUUUAUCAUCAGCAAAACACUUAGAAGACUUAGAACGAAACUUCACGGUAAGAUUUCGAUGUCUUCUGGACAACACCUCAGGGUUUUUGCGACUGGAUAUCCGUGGAAGGAUCAAAAUUCUACACGGUCAACACCACAAAACUGAAGACCCACCCCUGGCUUUAUUUGCUGUCUGCACGCCGUUCGGUCCCCCGUCGUUGUUGGAGAUGCCUCACAAGGAAUCCAUGUUUAAGAGCAAACACAAACUCGAUCUCUCUCUAGUCUCCAUGGAUCAGAGGGGGAAGCAGCUCCUAGGAUACGCAGAUACAGAACUAGCCAAUAAGGGAGGUUAUGAUCUAGUCCACUACGACGACCUUGCUUAUGUCGCCAAUGCACAUCAAGAAUUACUGAAGACUGGUGCAUCUGGUCUCAUAGCAUACAGGUUGGUAAAAAAAGAUGGAAAAUGGCAGUGGCUUCAGACAAGUGCAAGAUUGGUCUACAAGAACAGCAAGCCCGACUUCAUUCUGUGCACCCACAGGCCUCUCAUGGAAGAAGAAGGUCGAGACCUUCUCGGAAAGAGAACCAUGGACUUUAAAGUCACUUAUCUUGAUGGUGGCUUAAAUGCCAUAACUGACCGCAGCGGACUCUUAUCAGACAGUGACUUUGUUCUUCGCUGUCAGCGGACCCGGAAGUAUAAAUCUCAAAUCAGGGAUCUUCUCUCCACGUGCCGCAAAUGGAAGGUCCCACAUAACCCCUAUUUAGAAGAACCGAGCUAUAACGUCUACCCUUAUCCAACGGACAACGUAAACGGACUUGCUCCUUAUGCAGCGGCAGCAAUGCCACAGAAUAUUUUUUCAAGCAUUGAUAACUCCCGGUUCCUAAGUCCCGAAAAUUAUCUUCAUUAUCGUCAUCUGGGUGGCUGCUACCCGGAGUAUAGUCACCAUGCUGCUCAGUACACAAGUAACGGAUUUCUGGACAUGAGCUCUGCGGCGGCGAGGACUUGUUUUCCCACUGCUUAUCCGGACGGUUCCCAGCUCGCUAAGGACAAUAAGAUAUACCAUUGUCAGUUGGAUGCCACAAAGUUUAACGGAGAAGCUCCCCAUCUGGUUCAACAAAUGGGUGCCAAACCGUCCUGUUGUGAGGGAUACCCUCAAACUAAUGACCCUAGUGCUCAGCUGAGGGGCUGUCUCAUGAGUGCAUCUAGUGGUGGUAUUCAACCUUUAUUAUCUUCCUUAGAAAGAGACCCUGCCAAGAUCGGGAACCUAAACUUUGGCCUGUCCGGAGUGCCGGUGUCCGUAGGGACAGACUGUAUUAACGUGAUCAGACCCAAAACCACAACAGUACACAAUCAUUUACGAGAUUCUCAGCAGUUUUCUAAAGAUAGUGUCAAAAUUGAUAACGAACCUUUACAACCGUCCAGCUUCUCUGCCUUCACGAAUGAUACGAGGCAGAGCGUGCUAAUGUGGGGAAAUUCUUUUCCCCGUUCAUGUGGUGGUCACAAUAGUGGAGCACGGUCAUCACUAUUUGACGGGAAAUUUCCGAGCUACAUCAACCACAUGGAAGGCAUGGGUAAAACUACAGAAAUGAUCACGAACGGUUCAGCAGCUUGUAAAUGGAGCAACAGCCCAUCGAUCUCUCGGUCCUCUUCCCCUAACAAGAACUCUAGUCCCUGCACAACCAAGACGAUGACUCCAGUUCACUAUGGAGGGACGGCUAUGUCCGUUUAUGGUGCAGAGAUGGGUCAGGAGGCCUGGACAGUAGAGCACCUUAGCCCAUGGAGACCACAUCUACCUUCUCUUGGCUAGAUUGGAAAAUGGCCGACCACCAUCGGUCAAGCCUGACG